UGCUCCUCUCUUGCCCGCUUCAUCUCGUCCUUCACCGUAAAAUCAAGGGCACAAAUCAAAAUGGAGACCACAUCAAAUCACUGUGGCCUUAAUUUAUCCUCAGCAGCACUAACCCCUUUAGUAACAAGUUCAGUGGUUUCUCACUCCUCAGUAAAUGGAUCAGCUCCAGAAUCAGCUGUUGGAUGCAAUAAUUGUACAACUGGUUUUAUGGGUUCUAUAUCUCCUAGAAAGUCUCAGGUUCCUUUACAGGAUUACAUGGCAAACCUUAAAGAGAAAACUCCAAUGUGUCUGGUAAAUGAAUUAGCCCGUUUCAAUAGAAUUCAGCCUCUGUAUAAGCUUCUUAAUGAACAAGGACCUGCUCAUGCUAAGAUAUUUACAGUGCAGCUGACUCUUGGAGAACAGACAUGGGAAGCUGAAGGAACCAGUAUUAAAAAGGCCCAUCAUUCAGCAGCUAGCAAAGCUUUGAAUGAAAGUAGCCUCCCGAAACCAACACCUAGACCACCAAAAAACAAUGUUAAUAAUAAUCCAGGCAGUAUUACUCCAACAGUGAAACUGAAUGGCCUUGCUAUGAAAAGAGGAGAGCCUGCCAUCUAUACACCAUUAGAUCAAAAGCCAGCCCCAAACUACAGAGCAAAUUAUAAUUUUUGUGGCAUGUACAAUCAGAG